GGCGGGGAUGCUCAGCCCGCGGCGCCAGGAUGCGGGAGGGGAGCGCGGGCGGCCGCGGAGCGGAGAACCGGACGGGAGCCGAGCCCCCGCUGCACCUGUUCCCCGUGCCCGUGCUCACCGGCAUCACCGUCGCCUGCGUCCUGCUCUUCGUCAUCGGGAUCAUCGGCAACCUCAUGACCAUGCUGGUGGUGUCGCGGUUCCGGGACAUGAGGACCACCACCAACUUCUACCUGUCCAGCAUGGCCUUCUCUGACCUGCUCAUCUUCCUCUGCAUGCCCCUGGACCUCUUCCGCCUCUGGCAGUACCGGCCCUGGAACUUCGGGGAUCUCCUGUGCAAGCUCUUCCAGUUCAUCAGCGAGAGCUGCACCUACUCCACCAUCCUCAACAUCACGGCGCUCAGCGUGGAGCGGUACGUGGCCAUCUGCUUCCCCCUGCGAGCUAAAGUCAUCAUCACCAAGGGGAAGGUCAAGCUGGUCAUCCUCUUCCUCUGGGCCAUCUCCUUCAUCAGCGCUGGCCCCAUCUUCAUCCUGGUGGGGGUCGAGCACGAGAACGGCACGAACCCCCUGAGCACCAACGAGUGCCGAGCCACCGAGUACGCCAUCCGCUCGGGGCUGCUCACCAUCAUGGUCUGGACCUCCAGCAUCUUCUUUUUCCUGCCCGUGUUUUGCCUGACCGUGCUGUACAGCCUCAUCGGGAGGAAGCUCUGGAGGAGGAAGAGAAAGAACAUCGGUCCAAACACUGCCAUCAGGGAUAAGAACAACAAGCAAACUGUGAAAAUGUUAGUGCAGCCAUCAACCCCAUCCUCUACAACAUCAUGUCGAGGAAGUACCGCGUGGCCGCCUGCCGCCUCUUCGGACUCAGAGCCCUGCCCAAGAAGAGCCUGUCCAGCAGCAAGCAGGGCAGCUCCCGCGGGUGGACAGAGCCCAGCCUCACCACAUGACACCCCAGCAUCCCCAGAGAGCCGCCAGGGCAGGGCAGGAGGGCGAGGAACGGCAAUGCCAGCGCGGAGAGCGGCGCUUGGGUCAUCGCUGAGAGGCAGGCACAGAUCUGGGGGAAAACACCCAAAAGUUUGGGACUCUGAGAGGAGAGACGCGGUCACGGAAUUCGGCAACGCUCCAGGUGUUGUUUUUGUGCUGCUUUUGCCCGUUUGAUUUUUUAACUUUAGCCCAGACCUAGGCUGUGCCACCCUGACCAGGCAAACGUGGCCCACCUCACUCGAGAGUUUGAACGACUUCAGCAGCGCCAAUUCGAGCUGAAUUUUUCCAGAGUUAGCUUUAGUUUUGCUAAGAAUUUUGCUAGCAUCUAACCAGACCCUAGAGAGAGAAUACUGAAUUGCCUUUUAGGAAUAGUAAACAGGAAAUUUGAUACACUUUUCAUAAAACCAAUUUUUAAGUAAGCUCACGUUGUUCUUUGAAUGAGGAAAAUUAUUUCUUAAAAAAAAAAAAAGAGAUAUAAAAUGGAUCAUUUUUAAACACGCUAAAAAUAAAUAACCUUCAUGUCACAUCCAAGUAGAAAGGAAACAGAAAAAAUGCCUUCACAGAAGUUGCUUAGAAUGUGACUGUACUGAAAUAUUUUUUUAAAAUAUAUAUCAGUGGGACAAGGACAAUGCUGACUUCAGGCCUGCAGUGAUGCUAUAAAAAUGUGGAAUGCAAUCACCCACCAAAGUCUCUCCUUUUGUUUUUUUUUUUACUAGCUAAAUCAUCUUUACUUGCUCUGUUCAGUCUGACUGUGAAUGACUUGAUGUGUUUGAACUUGGAAGCUUUUAAUUGUUUCAGUAUUUGUUAACGAGUCUGUGGCUACCUGUCCCUAACUGCUCCACUGCACCCCAAAGCUUGCUGAGGACAGGUAUCCUGCCUGUAAACCCCCCAUAUUUCUGUUUAAAGUCUGCUCCCAGUGCCACAUCCCCCUGUAAAGCCUGGUGUGCAUUUGUGCUUGUUUGCUGCAGUGUUGAAUUGAGAACAUUUUGCAUUUUUUAACCACCGUGACCUGAGAAGGUAAUAGAAAAAUCUGCAUAAAAGGACACAGACAGACACAUUCUCAUACUUGAUUCAUAAACCCCUUAAAUUAGAUUUUUAUACCUCAAGUGUGCCAUUUCAAGGCGAACCAGAAAACGUCCCAUCCUCUGUGCUAAUGAGUAUUGGCUUAUACUGUCUCUCCAAAACGUGGGUUUGGUGCCCCACAGAGCUCACAGAGCUUUGGAGCAUGCAUGAGAGCAGCUUCCUGUUCACUUGGUUCUAGUGCUCAUCCCCACCUGGUCCACAGCCCUUUCUCCCUGGUGAAUUUUAAUUCUCCCUGGUGAAUUGUGUGUUAGCAGAACUCUGCUGCCUUCCAUCCCGCUCACACCAACGGGCCACGUCCCCCUGUUACACCUUCAGCUGCUCAGGUUGAACUCCCAAGAGAAAUUGGCCUCUUCUGUAAAUCCAGUGUCAUUUCUGUCACCUUUGCUGGUGCCAGGGGCUGGUUGCUGCUCCUUGGUGGCACCUGUGCCCUCCCCACUGCAGGAGUGCAGGGUUUGUGUGCAAACACUGAGGCACUGCAGGAUCCCUCCUGCUUCACCUGCACCCACAUCCACCUAGCUGUUCUCUCCCUCACUGGCUGACAAGCAGGUCUGGUGGCAGAAUUCAUGCAACUCAGGGAAACAAGACAUUUGGGAACCACGGAAAGAGGGUGCAGAUGUGAGCUCAGUAACAACCUGUCUGUAAAACACCCGGCGUCACAUCGGUGUUCUGAACCUCAGCUGUGUCUGUGCUGUUAAAUGUGAACAGAAAAAGAAAUAAAGUGAUGAGACCCUUUA